GCAAUACGAUUCCAUUGGAGACAUUUACUGUCAGUUACCUCCAUUUCUGCGCACAUUCUUGGCUUGGUUGAUAUCCGGCCCCAGUCUCGGAUAUCUUUGACGUCCUCGAGCAAGAGCUUUCGAGAAGAAUCUUGUCCAUUUCGUAGACCGUCAUGGCUCCGAAUGCAGCUACUCAAGAACCAGCCCAGCCUGCAGCCCAAGCGGCUCCUGCGGCUCAGCCAGCCGUCGACGUACCGACGAUUCCCGGAAUCGGAAGGGACCAACUCUUAGCACUGCUAACCACCCUUGACCUUCCGGUAUUCAAGAACGCAAACCCCCAAGGCACCAAAGUAGACGCUGCCCAAGCCCUCUCCAACCUCGCCCAACAAUCCGGGUUCAACCCCGCCUUUUCGAUCAACGACCCCGGCCCGUCGUCCCACCCCGGCGGACCACCUAAUCUCGGACCGCAGAAGAAGGCGGAGGGGGAGGCUCCUGCGCCGCAACCUGAAGAGCCGCCUUCUACUAUCCCUCAAGGCCCGAAUCCCAACCUUGGUGCUAGGAGGUCUAAGAGUGGGGCGGCGAUGGGCAGCGACGAGUGGACGAGGCAGCGGAAGGAUAACCAUAAAGAAGUCGAACGCCGCCGCCGAGGAAACAUCAACGAAGGCAUCAACGAGCUCGGUCGAAUCGUCCCCAACGGCUCUGGCGAAAAAGCCAAAGGCGCGAUUCUCUCGCGCGCGGUGCAGUACAUCCAUCACCUGAAAGAGAACGAGGCGCGGAAUAUUGAAAAGUGGACGCUGGAGAAGCUGUUGAUGGAUCAGGCGAUGGGGGAUUUGCAGGCGCAAUUGGAGGAGAUGAGGAGGAUGUGGGAUGAGGAGAGGAUGGGGAGGCAGAGGGCUGAGGCGGAGUUGGAGGGGUUGAAAGGUGGGGCUGGGAAGAAGAGGGCGAGUGAGGAUGAGGGUGGGAAAGAGGAGGGGGAUGGGAAGAGGCAGAGAACGGAGUGAUUCCUUUUCUCUGGUUGGUUGGUUGGUUGUUGCUGUCUUGCUGUGUCUGUGCUGUAUUACUCUCUCCCUUUUUUGGUCCUUUUUAUUUUAUUCAUCUAGCUAGCGAUGUUGUAUAUGGUGGCUCGUUGUCCUUGUACUUGUUCCGGAAUUGAACCUGAAUACGAAAUCCUAGGGUUCGGCUGAUCGGUCCGAUCAAAUCAAAGCUUGUUUUUUAC